GAUCCACGCACUGAGUGUGACUGCAAGGGGCGGGGGGGCGGGGUUGGAUAUAAAGCACCAGGAGAAGGCCACACGCUACACUGAGACUGAAGCCACUUUCAGUGCCACAAGCAAGAAGACUCCGAAGCCGGGAGUAGAAGUACCAACAUUGAUUCUGGGAGCUCAGACAAGCGAGAGGACACGGCGUUUUGCUUCUCCGGACCGUCUUGGAGCUUCACUGCAAGCCAGCCAGAUUCAACACAACGCGCGCUAUACGCCAGUUUCUCUGGAUAUAGCAGCUCAACCAAGUUGGUAGUAAACUCUUUGGAGUUUGUAAGAGUCACUUUUUAAGAUAAAUUCUUUGCUUGUGGGCUUCAAAGACACUCGGGGCGGACCCACUCGGGUCAGCAGCGGACCUGGCGCAGCUUUUUUUUUGCAUAGCGUCCAACACUGCAACAACGGCAAAAAGUUUUGGCCAGAGCAAAGUCCGCGCCGCAGUUCCAAAGACUUCACGUUGAAAGACACGCUGCCUCAUUGACAUCGCAGAAGAAGCAAAUGAGGUGGAGGUUCUCACACAAAGCUGAGCCCAUGGCGUCGUCAGCUCUUUGCGUGGCUCUCGCCGUGCUCUUCUUCUGCACUUUGACCUCGGGCACUCCCUCCGGUCCGGCCUCUGACACCUGCGCGACCCUGGAGCAAAGUCGCUUCUUCGGCGUCUUCUCGUCCACCGCCAACCUUCCGUCGGCGCCGUGCUCCUGGACCCUGCAGAACCCCGACCCCCGCCGCUACACCGUCUACAUGAAGAUCACCAAGCCGACCGAGUCGUGCAAGCCCAAGCGGGUCAGGACCUUCCAGUUUGACUCCUUCAUCGAGACGUCCCGCACCUUCCUGGGCAUGGAGAGUUACGAUGAGGUGGUCAGGCUGUGCGACGCUUCCACCACCGUCACCUACAUCGAAUCCAGCAAGCAGUUUGUGCAGAUCCGCAAGGUGGCCUCCGCUAACGGCCCCGACAACCAGCAGCCGGGCCAGAAUGACGUCAGCGAGUUCAAGUCGGAGUUUCUGGUGGUGGGGAAAAGGAACCCGAGUAUGCCCGCCUGCCAGAUGCUGUGCCAGUGGCUGGAGAAGUGCCUGUCUGACAGCACCCACGACUAUCCCUGCGGUAUCAUGAACACCCCUUGCCAGUGUUGGGAGACGCCAAAAAGGAAGCCGGGGAGCUGCUACAGAGGCGGCGUUUACGUGGAGAAAUGCCUUCCCGUGCCCAGGGACAACCGACAGAUUGCUGAGAUCACCAAGGGCUGGACCGGUUGGAGCCGCUGGUCAGUUUGCAGUCAGGAAUGCGGCGGCGGCGUCCAGCUGCGCAGCCGAGCCUGUCAGCCCGACGAUGCCGUAUGCGAGGGGACCGUGGAAGAAGGGCGGGCGUGCAACCAACGGGCCUGUAUAGGCACAGAACGGAGCAAGAGCCAGGGUCUGCGGGCCAUUGUCGGUAUGAGGAGGGAGCACGACGAUUCUGGCCUCGGAGGAGUCGCAACCCAAAUCGCAAAGACAGACGAGUGGUCCCAGUGGAGCUCGUGCUCGGUGACGUGCGGAGAAGGCUGGCAAAGCCGCACCCGGGUCUGCGCCACUUCCUCCUUCACCACCCAGUGCACCGGACCCCUGCGUGAAAACAGACCUUGCAACAACACCGUUGUCUGCCCAGUGGACGGCGCCUGGGACGAGUGGACCCCGUGGAGCUUGUGUUCCUCCACGUGCGGCCGUGGUUUCCGCGAGCGCGCUCGCACGUGCAGGCUGCCCCAGAACGGAGGAGAGCCUUGCAAGGGGCCCUCAAGACAGAACAAGCUUUGCAACAUCGCUGUAUGCCCCGUGGACGGACACUGGAAUGACUGGUCAGUGUGGAGUCCAUGUUCCGCCUCUUGUUCCAACGGUACCAGGCAGAGGACACGAGAAUGCAAUGGGCCAUCCUACGGGGGCUCAGAGUGCCACGGGAGUUGGAAAGAGGCCGUCAACUGCUUCCUGAAAGAGUGCCCCGUUGAUGGACGCUGGCACGCCUGGAGCGCUUGGGGCAGCUGCAGCAAGACUUGCGGCGGCGGCAUUCAGCAAAGACAAAGAGUAUGUGAGGGGCCUUUCUUUGGUGGGGAGCCUUGCCCUGGUGAAAGAGGAGAGCAGAAGCGCUGCAAUGAGAAGAGAUGCCCUGGGCCCCAUGAGAUUUGCCCUGAGCAGAGCGAUGGCCACGUUGUGUGGAAGAAAACUCCAGCUGGAGACAUGGCAGCCAUCUUAUGUCCCGCUGACGCUGAAGGUCUGAUUCUUCGCCGCUGCAGUCUCAAUGCCGUCGGGCUCGCCAGCUGGGAGAGCCCGACUUACGUCAAGUGUGUCUCCAAGAACUACGAGAACAUUCAGACCCUGUCGAGGGAAUACGUCAGCAAAGUGCAGAAGGCGCAAAGCGUCGACGGCAUCGCUGAGGUGAUCUCCCGUUUGAGGUUCUCAACGGACGAAGGCGCCACAUACAGCGGUGACCUCAUGGCCGUCAUGGAAAUCCUCAAGAACGUCACUGAGUUGUACAAGGCAACCACGCUGAGGCUUAGCAACGCAGAUGUUGAGAACUAUGUCCAGACCAUCAGCAACCUGCUGAAAGAGGAACAUCAUGAAAAGUGGGAAGAGGCACAGCAGAUGGGUGCCAACGUGAAGGUGUUAUUCCGUCUCGUCGAGGAGUCGGUGAACAUGAUCGGUAUGCAAAUGAGCGGCUUCCAGGAUAUUUACGAAGUCACCGAGAAUUUAGUGCUGAGCAUUCAUAAGCGGCCCACUUCCACCAGCUCCAACUUCACUUUCCCCGCUAAAGGCUGGAGGGGAAUGUUAGACUGGGUCAGGACUGCCGAGGAGAAAAUUUCCAUUUCCAGAGACGCUUUAGCCAUUGACCACAGUGAUGCCAAUGAAGCGUUCGUCACCGGCAUUGUCCUCUACAGGAACCUGACUUCGUUUCUUUCCUUUCAGAGCAACUCGACUCUGCUCAAUUCAAAAGUAGUGACAGUGGUUGUCAGCCCUACCCCUGCCCUCUUGUCUUCUCCCGUCCAAAUUGAGUUCCCGCAUCUCCACAAUGACACAAUGAACGAGACGUGCCUCUCGUGGGAUGAAAGUGAAACCUCCAACCUUCUUUUAGUCAUGCAUAGAACAUCCAUCCAUCCAUUCAUCCAUCCAUCCAGCACCUUGAGACUCACCAGGGGAUCCUCCCUGCUUGGCUCGUGGUCUGCGCGGAGCUGCAGAGCCGUCCCCGUUCAUUCAUUCCGAACCAAAUGCGUGUGUGACAGCCUCUCCACCUUCGCCAUUUUAGCGCACGUCAACUUUGACUCGAUCAUGGACAAGGCGCUCCUCCCGUCCGUGACGCUCAUCGUGGGCUGCGGGGUGUCUUCUCUCACCCUGCUCCUCCUGAUCAUCAUCUACGUCUCGGUGUGGAAGUACAUCCGCUCCGAGCGCUCGGUCAUCCUCAUCAACUUCUGCCUGUCUAUUAUUUGCUCCAACGCCCUGAUUUUGGUGGGACAAACUCAAGCUCGCAAUAAGGUGGUGUGCACACUGGUCGCGGCUUUCCUGCACUUCUUUUUCCUCUCGUCGUUCUGCUGGGUGCUGACAGAAGCUUGGCAGUCGUACAUGGCCGUCACGGGUCGUCUCCGCAACCGCAUCAUCCGCAAGCGCUUCUUGUGCUUGGGUUGGGGUCUACCUGCGUUGGUGGUGGCCGUUUCUGUGGGCUUCACAAAAGCCAAGGGAUACGGCACCGUCAACUACUGUUGGCUUUCUCUCGAGGGCGGGCUCCUCUACUCUUUUGUGGGUCCGGCCGCCGCUGUUGUUUUGGUGAAUAUGGUCAUUGGUAUUCUGGUCUUUAACAAGCUGGUAUCCAAGGACGGCAUUACCGACGUGAAGCUGAAGGAGAGAGCCGGGGCAUCGUUGUGGAGCUCCUGCGUGGUUUUGCCUCUCUUGGCCCUCACUUGGAUGUCGGCCGUCCUGGCAAUCACCGACCGCCGUUCGGCCCUCUUCCAAAUCCUCUUUGCUGUUUUCGACUCCCUGGAAGGUUUUGUCAUCGUCAUGGUCCACUGUAUCCUGCGGAGAGAGGUUCAGGAAGCUGUGAAGUGCAGAGUCGUGGACCGCAAGGACGACGGCAACGGCGAUUCGGGAAGCUCGCAUCACAAUGGCCACAACCAGCUCACGUCUGACGCCGAGAAGGAUGGAGAUUCGUGCAUCCAAGGAAUGAGCGGCUCGUCUGAAGAGAAGAUGUCACCUCCUCAAAUGCCCCUCCCCAUGGGCCCCAAUUUCCACACCCUGCCGUCCAACAAGAGCCACAUGCAGGCGCUCCCCGAAUAUUCCAGCCACACGCUCACCCUGAAGAGAGAGAAGAGCCGCCUGGCGGGAGGCCUUGACGUAAAAGCCGUGUACGUGUGCGAGGGAGAGCUCUUCCAGCAGCUGGACGCCGACCUGGCUCGGGUUCAGGCGGAGGGCGGAGUCUCCGACGCCGGCGGUUACAUGCUCAUGCCCAACACCACCUCCACCCUGAGAAGCAAGCCCAAAGAGGACCCGAGCAAAUACAGCAUCAACGUGGAACAGCUGCCCCAGGCCCGACUCAUGCACCUGAGCGGCCCCUUUGCCGAGCCCCAAGCCGCCUUCGGGAUCAAGACCAUUCCCUGCGACCAGGUCAGCGUGUCCUACUCGGAGAGGGACUCGCCCAUCCAGAACAUCCACAACAUGUCCAGCGAGUCUCACAUCACUCACAGCAGCCUGGAGAACACCUUUGAGUCCAUGAACUCCAUGAUGUCCAAAAGCGAGACCAUCUCCACUUUGUCCAUGAGCUCCUUGGAGAGGCAAAAGUCGCGCUAUGCCGAGCUUGACUUUGAGAAAAUAAUGCACACAAAGAAGCGCCACCAGAACAUGUUCCAGGACCUGAACAGGAAGUUACAUCACGCCGAUAAAGACAGAGAGUCGCCCGCUUCUGACAGCAAGUCUGUGAGAUGGAGCGUCUCAUCAGCAGGAAGUGACAAAACGAACCAAAGCGACAAACAGCAGGGUCCCUUGGAGAGGCCUUGGGAAGGAGUCCGGGGCUUAGCGCAGCAGCAGCAGCAGCAGCAGCAGUCUCCCCCCGCGUGGGUCCGCAAAGACUUGGAGCCUCUGGCCGCCUCGCCGCUGGAGCUCCACUCGGUGGAGUGGGAGAAGAGCAGCACUCCCAUCCCUCUGGUGGGCCAGGACAUCAUUGACCUGCAGACGGAGGUCUGAGUCUGGGUCAGGUGCCCGCCUUAUUUUACCUUUUGGCUUUGGGUUCCUGCAUUGGAAUCGUAAGUUGGCUCCGAGAAUGGACGUCUUCAAAUCCUCAGUCGGAGCAGGAAGAUCAUUUAAGAGUGGGCUUGCCUCUCUGAGUGGACUUGGUGGAGAGUUGCGUUGCGUCCGCGCUCCACCUAGGCCAGAGUUGGCUGCGGUUGGUUCCAUUCGCCUCGGUCGGUCGGUCGCUCGGCCGUGGGAGGGCGUGCGACUCACUCACGCACGAUGCCCGCUGUGCUUCUUUUCACCUUGGGCUGGACAAACAAACCAAUGUCAUAGGCUGUGUCCUCCCUGCUGUUUGAGAGGAAUGACUACGACUCUUGGCUGCUCCCGUUCCAGCCAAAUUUCCUUCCAACUGAGCAAAGAGAGCAAAAGCAAGCGUUUUAUAGAUGGCUGGCUGGCGCGUGCGUGCGUGAUAGGUACAGAUUUUUGGGGUUCAAUUUCAUCUUCUCUGUUUACUUCUUAAAACACCUCCACCCACCAUACUAAUUGUCAUUUUAGUAUCAUCAUUAGCACUAUUACUGAUGGUCAUAUUUGCUCUAUUUCUGUUUUGAAUGCCCAUUGAUUUGGGUUGGGCUUUUUUUUUUGCUUUCGUCUGUGACCUGGAAAUAAAAAAGUGGAACACCUCCGUAAUGUGUUGUUAGCCAGGAUGCUCUGCAUCGGGACAAACCUACUGAGGGGUGAUGCGUUCCUGGUUCCUCUUGCAUUUUUCCUGGCUAGCAAAAGAGCAGCAAGCACGAUACAGACUCUUGAGACGGACGGACACAGCAGGAGAAUGUGAGCGUUUGAAGAGGAAAAGGCCAAUAGCUUUCAUCAUCGGCCAUUUAUCUCUCAGCCUUGCAGGACUCUUUGGACAAAGCCGAGGCGCUGUCGAGCCUUCAACACAUUUGUGUUUUGAACCAUCAGUGUGAAACGGUGCAAUACGAUGGGCGCUUGAUGCUCAAGCAGGAUUGAUACUUUUCUUACUGACGAUGAUGACUCCAAUCUUUUCUACCAUCUUCCUCAUAUUUACUGAGCAUAUAGACGCUUUAUGAGAAUAUUGUAUAACAAAUCUGUGUUAGUAAUUCAAGGAAUUUAUUGACUAGAGAUUUGUUAGCCUAAGACUCCAUUUUUGGAGGUGUCUGUGACAGGUAGAUCACUGUACUUCUAGUAUCAAAGCAAACAAUGAAUGAAUGAACGAACGAACGAACGAACGAGCGAACGAAUAUCCCCACAAAUGUGCUUCAGGAUAUUAUUACUCUCCACUGUGUUGCGAUGAGUAACGGAACCUCCUCAUGUCUUCUGUCAAAGUGUUUUUGAUAACCUUGUCACUCGUUGUCAGUAAUUGUUACGAUUUCCAAUUUGACCACUUCCUAUGUCGGUCCAAGUCGUACCUCAACGGAAUCUCUGUAAUCUCUUGUCACUACUUUUAUUUUUGGAUGUAUUUUCUCCUAAUUGUACAAUUUUCACCGCACAAGAUGAAUGUGAUUGAUUUCAAAUAAA